AUGCUUCGAGAAUAUGAUAAUAAGCAAAUGCGUCAAAUGCGCUAUGCUUUGUUGAGAUCACGAAAAGCAGUGAAAGAUGUACAGAUUGGAGAUGAAAUAAAUAAGCUGAUCAGCGAAGGAUUUAUAAGAAUGCGUGAAAGUCACAGUCGAGAAGAUGCUAGUGCCCAAUUACAUCGCUUGUUAACAUUGGGCAGACUGUUGGCAGCGAUCGAUUGCAAGAAGGAAUUGGAUGAGGAAUGUUGGAAUCGCGCACGAAAGAUGGAAGCCAAACGGCGGGUUGAUCUGGCUGAAUUGUUGCGUUGA